ACGAGUGACUGCGCUUUCGGUCUGCAAUGCGCGUCCAGGCAGCCUCGCAGCGUUAAAUAGUGUCUCCGAGCUUGCGUCCGUGAUCUCAUCUAAUAUCAGACUGGGCGAUUCACCAUGCCGUCCAUUCUCACCGAUGCCGAUAAAGAAACCGUCAAGCGGAACGUGUCCAAGCCUUCGAACAAGAUCCUCGCCGUAGCAGUUGCGCGACUAUAUGUCGCCUAUCCGGAUCCGCAGAGAUGGACGUAUACGGGACUCCAGGGUGCUAUUGUGCUUGCCAAUGAUCUCGUUGGGCGGACGUGGUGGUUGAAACUGGUCGACGUGUCGCCUGCUAGCAGAGGGGUCAUCUGGGACCAAGAAAUUUACGAAAAUUUUGCCUACAACCAGGACCGUACCUUUUUCCACACGUUCGAGACCGAAGAUUGCCCGGCCGGUCUGUCGUUCACUGAUGAGAAGGAGGCGAAGACGUUUAUCAAGAAAUUCAACGAGCGAGAGAAGCACUCCAGCAAGGAGACCAAGCAAACCCCCUUUGCAUCGACCAGAGGACAGGGUCCUGCUCCUGUUGCUAAUGGCAAGGGUAUCGGGCGCUCGCUAUUCGGUAGUUUGUUGCAUGGGCAUCGUACAGCUUCCACGCACAGUGCGCCUCCAGCUCCAGCUCCAGUUCUGGCCCCGGCCCCGUUGGAAGCCCCGGCAGUCUCAAGACCACUGGCGCCUCCCCCUCCACCCAGCAGCCCACCUCGCAAAGAGUUGCCUUUCGACACAAACGACCCGUCAUGGAGAGGACUCCUCGAUGAGCUCCGUCAGAUGGGUAUUACAGAAGACCAGAUCGCCGAAAACUCCGAUUUCAUCAAGGCAUAUAUUGAGCAGAAACAAGUCGAAAGUGCUGCGGAGGUUCCCUCGACGCCGGCUGAGGAUCAGAGAAGAGGAAAAGCGCCGCCUCCACCUCCCCCGUCAGCGCUUCCCCCCCUCAAGGCGAGUGCCAUCAGCCCUCAGAAUACUGGCAGCAGCGGUGGUGGACGACGAGGCGCACCACCGCCUCCUCCCCCGUCACGCAAACUUCGGCCGGACAGUGUAGAGGAUCUAGCCCCCCCUCCGCCGCGGGAGCCCUCCCCGCCACGAGAAAUAUUCCGAGCGCCGCCUCCUAUUGCCGACGCCGGGAAAUAUGCGCAUACAGCCGGCCCUGCACCACCUGCUCGUCCACGAGCCGUCUCCGGAGCUGGCCCGCCUCCGCCUCCACGGCCUGCCAAAACUCCCCUUGAAGAAAGCAAUGGUCACAAGUUCGGCGUGCCGCCUCCCUUCACAGGUGAGCGGAAGGUUUCCGCCCCUCCAGCUCCUCCAAGUCGACCUACUCCCGGAGGCCCACCGCCACCUCCUCCUCGGACGCUAAGCCCGGCGGCACCUCCCCAGCUUCCUCCCAAGAUCCCCAAUGGCGCAGCGCCGUCCGCUGUGCCUCCGCCGCCUCCCCUUAGAAACCAGGCGCCGCAUCAUAUCCCUCCUCCCCCCGCUAUCUCUCGUCCAAUUCCUCCACCUCCCUCGGCCCCGAGUGUUCCACCUCCGCCUCCGCGUCCUACUUCAGGAUCUGUUCCCCCACCACCUCCUCCGCCUCCCCCACCUCCGACUUUCGGUUCUGCUCCCCCGCUUCCCCCUUCAGCGGGUGCUGUACCCCCUCCACCCCCUCCGCCGCCUCCGCCUCCAGGUUUUGCUCCUCCAGUACCUUCAGGCUCCGGCCCCCCGCCGCCGCCGCCUCCUCCUCCCCCUCCUGUCACUGGAGCUGGGCCUGGUGGACCGCCGCCGCCACCACCGCCUCCAGGCGCGCCUGCUCCAUCCCUGCCUGCGCCCAGUGGUGGAAGGAAUGACCUUAUGGCUGCGAUCCGAGCUUCAGGAGGAAAGGGCGGCAGUGGCCUGCGCAAAGUUCAAGACUCUGAUAAGAAAGAUCGCAGCGCAGCGGCUGUUUCCGGUAAUGCGAACGGUUCAUCUGCUUCUACUAAUGGUGCAGGUGCGCCUGGGGGUGGCCUUGCGGCUUUGAAAGAAGCGUUGGAUAGACGAAAGCAGAAGGUCAGCGGCAGUGGUAAGUCAUUUCCAACCUCUUCCUCACAUAAUGUUACAGAGUCUCAUUGCCAUCUAGAUGACGAAGCGGACGACAACGACGACUGGGAUUAACUACUUCGCAGUUCGACUCGUUCUCUUUCGUCUGCUUUCCACUCUUUUUUUUCCCGGGUGGGGGUCUUCCGAGCUCAGUUGAUACUUUAUGCUUCUU